UUCCAGGCAAAAGUACUCGUAGCAGCAAUGAAGUUCUUCGCGCCGAUCGUCGUGGCCGUCGUCACCCUCUUCUCGGUGCAGGUGGACGCCAACGGCGUGUGCUACGACCCGAACCACGGCUCCGAGAUGAGCGCGUCCUCGGUGCAGGCCGACAUGCAGACCAUCUCGGGCGCGGGCUUCUCCAGCGUGCGCACGUACAUCUCCAAGUUCGGCAACACGGAAAUGGGCCCCAUCAUCACGGGCGCGGGCCUCACGGCCGUGCUGGGCGUCCCGUACCCGCAGAGCGACUACCAGGAGCAGAUGGCCGCCGCCAUCAAGGCCGCGCAGGCCGGCGGCGUCUAUGCCAUCAUGGUGGGCAACGAGAACCUUGCGGGUGCCUCGAGCGUCCCGGGCGACAUGAUCAGCGUCAUCCAGCAGAUCAAGUCGCAGGUGCCCAGCGGCGUGCUGGUCGGCACGGUGCAGCGCAACACGGAGGUGAUCAACUACCAGUCCGUCUCGGGCUGGUCGGAGCUCGUCUCGGCCUGCGACGUGCUCGGCGUGAACGCGCACCCGUUCUUCAACCCCGGCACGACCGCGGACGGCGCCAUCGACGUCCUGGACAAGCAGUGGCAGACCAUGAUGAGCAGCUUCGGCGACAAGCUGCUGCUCACGGAGACGGGCUGGCCGUCCAGCGGCUCCGUCGCGGGCAACACGGGCAGUCUGGCGGGCGAGCAGACCUUCUACAGCGCCUACCAGAAGUGGAGCGCCGGCCUGAGCGAGAAGUUCUACUUCCAGUUCUUCGACGUGCCCAGCCGCGCGGAGGCCUACGAGCAGACCUUCGGCCUGUACACGUCCAACUCGCAGCCCAAGUUCGGCAUGGCCCAGUCACCCUCGACCUCGUCCAACCACCACCAGCAGCAGCAGCAGCAGGCGCCCACCACGUCGGCCCCGACGACGCAGGCGCCCGCGCCCACGACGCCCGCCCCCGCUCCGGAGCCCGCGACGGAGAAGCCUCAGCCCACUACGGCCGCGCCCACGCCGGCGCCGGAGACCAAGCAGAGCUCGGGCUCAGGCGAGACCAACUCGAACUCGAACUACAACAACAACUCGACGUCGUCGAUCUCGUCCACUUCGGGCUCGCACGAGCAGCAGCAGCAGCAGCAGCAGAACGGCUCGGCUUCGCUUUCGAGCAGUGACAAGGAGGCUGGCGUGUCCAGCAAGAACACCGAGGAGAAGGACUCCAAGACGGACGGCUCCAAGUCGGACAAGCCGUCGGACAAGACCUCGCAGACGACCGAGACGACCGCGCAGACUGCUGAGUCCACGGUGAGCUCCAUCGGCAAGAGCUCCGAGACGCAGCAGACGUCCAGCACCAGCGACGACACGCAGAAGGCCAACACCCAGAGCAGCGAGGGCAGCGGCGCCAGCGGCAUGGUCGGCCUUGCUGUCGGCGGCGGCGUCUGCGCUGUGCUGGUGGCCUUCGGCUUCAUCUACCAGAUCCGUAAGCGCGCCCAGGAGCUGGAGGAGGACAAGGAGCAGAGCUUCUCGGCCAUGACCCCCGUGGAGAACAUUUGCUCGCUGUAA